AUGUACUACCUACGAGCUAAAAACACUCAACCAGCCUUUCCUGUAAGUCUGAUCCGUAUUAAAUAUAGUACGUAUUCCUCUCUCAAAAUAACGGCAAUGCAGCCGAGCCAGUCAGCAAACUUGAUUAGAAAAGUUAAAUCUUCAACUGAAAUAACGGUUCAAGGCUGUAUUCAUGCAGUAACUGGAAACUUCCAAGUAAGAUCUAUGAUGCAAAGAGAGUGGAGACCGUUUUCUAAGAAUGCUUUACGCAUUUCGUUGACAUGGCUAAAAAAGGUUUCUCUCGCAUGGUCAGAUUCUCAUUCAACCUGGUUUCUCUUUGGCACUUUGAAGGACCUCGUAGGCGUCUUGAUGUUGGCUAAUGUUGCAUUAUCUUACACCUGGCCGUUACAUAUCAACCCUUUUUAAACAAAUUAUUUUGCAACAACAACAAAAUCGCUCCACGAACAUAAAAAGGUCAAAAGUUAACCAAUGAAGCACAAUGUGAACUUUUCCUCUUGUUUUCACGGACCCUCUCGCGAAACUACCGCGAUGUACCACGUAUGCGAUAAAAACACUCAACUAGCCUUUCCUGUAAGUCUAAACCGAAGAAAAAUGUAAUAUAUAUUCUUCCCCUAAAUAACGGCAAUGUAGCCAUGCCGGUCGGAAACCUUGAUAAGAAUAGUUAAAUCUCCAACUAAAAUAACGAUUCGAGGCUGCAUUCACGCAACAACUGGAAACUUUCAGACGAGAACUAUGAUGCAAAGAGACAGAGAGCAACAGAGACUCUAUGGUGAGUAAGGCCCAUUACGAAGUUCAAAAAACAUGACGCUCAAGACACUGAUGACCCUAGAGGUCUGCAGAACGCAUGUUACAUAGGAACUCCUUAAUAGGCCUUUCUAAUCAAAGUGUCUCUGGUUGAGCAUUGGAGCGCGGGAUCCGAACGUCUGAGGUUCCAUUCCUCAUGGGGACUCAAAAAUUUUAUUUUUCCUACGCUUGUGACAAGACGAAAAAAGAUGUUUCUCUAUAUCUUCACCGAGCUCAAGACUUACCAUCUUUUUUAAUGUUCUUGUAACAAAAUAUUUAAAUUGUUAAAAUAUAUAUUUUUAAGACAUGAAACAAUGCAUUUUUCCACGGUUCGGUAUCAGUGAAGCACUCAUUUUUUUUUUUUUUUUUUUUUUUUGCAGGUCUACUGCGAAUUGACAACAGACGGUAGAGGCUGGACUCUUAUUUCCCGCUUUUUAAAUAAUGACGUCAAGAACUGGAUGGCUGACACUGGCCAUUGGUGGUACGACCGUCAAGUUUCCACUGGAAGGACAGAGAGUCCCUUUAGAAACACUGACAUGAUCUCACCAGCAUUUUGGUUGGUCAGAGGAAGCGAAUUUAAGAUUACGCGUAGUGACGACCCUAGUCACACCCCUCUGUUACAGACCACAGGUAACUGUUUGGGUGGACAAACAUUCCGAUCUAAAAUCACAAGUUAUGGCGACUUUAGAAAUGGCAAAGUCUGGGCCACUGAUCAGUGUCUGGGAAGUCGUACGGUUCAAUAUGGCGGACAGCACAAGUCAAAAGACGGGUUUCAACAGGCUGAUUGCAGUGGAAGCAUCCAAAGUGCUGACAAGAUCGGCUUCUGGUGUGACUGGGAUACUGGGGAUGGGGCAUUCAUGAUGAUUAGUGGAGGAGGAAGUAGCUGUGCACGUGCAGAUCACGGCAUUAGAAUCUCAGAAACUAACGCUGCUUCUUUCGUUGAAGAGGAUAGCACACAAACUGAAUACGACUUUGGUUAUGAUGCUCAAACGAAAAGCGCUCCAUCCCUGUCCUACUCGUUGAACUUAUGGAUCCGUUAA